UCAACGUCGAACCUGAACUUUUGUAGUCGGUACAUCAUUGUUCUUUACUAACCGAGAGAUGACAACAUCUUGCAACGUGACAGUAGUAAACAAGAUAGAUCUGCCUGGUGUGGAUGCCAGUCAUUUCAUCUUCUUUCAAGAGCCUGUCAAUCUAGAACCCAACGCCGACGUGCUUGUGUGGCGCACACUAAAUAUUCAAGCUGGAGGAAAAGGAAAAUUUCCUAUUGCUCUAGACACAGAGUAUACAGCGACAGUGACACACGGAGGCGACAGCACGGAGACAUCUAAAGCAAUUCUUGCAAAACAUGGUGACUUCCUGAUUGUGAAAAAAGACGCCGAUAGUGACGCUCCAAUGCUAGAUUUGAAGACAGACUCACCAGACGGAUCGACCAACUAUGUCACUGUAGAGAAUGAAUAUGAAGGAAACAAGCAAAUUUUGAUUCAAGCGCAAAAGAAUACUAAACCUUUUAUUCAGCAGACAAUGAUAGUGCUGAAUGACCAUGUACAAUUUCAAAUUGGUUCAUUCAUCUUCAUUGCUUGGAACUGUGAGCUGAAACAGGGUGAUACUUUCAAAAGUGGUACAUACUCAAAUAGCUCUAAGAAAAUCAAUCUGAUAGACCCAAUUACCCACUUGUUUGCGAAAAACAUUGUCGUGACAGUCAGCAACAAGGGAAAUGCUAUUGAAGUCACAAUCAGUUAUCCAAGCCGCUAUUUUAAUUAUCAUCAUUAAAAAGGUUGGUGUUAGAUGUACACUUGGAUUGAUGGAUGGACAAACUGAAUGUUGAGCACAAUUUAUAAUGAACAUUAGUUUGCUGAUUACGUUUUCUGUUAGAGAGACAAUCAUGUACAGAGUAUAGAGUUUGUAUAGUAGUGUCUGGCUAUGAAAGCAUGCAUGUGUGGUUAAUUGUCUAGAAUGAUAUUUUGACUUGUAACUAUAAGCUGACUAGAUGGCUGGACAGUAUACGUAUUAAAAAGAAGUAGAACUAAUUUGUGACAGCAUAUACACAAACAUGAAAACGACGCCGUAUAGAACAAAGGUGGCUGUUGAAUCAGAGACUUGAUAUGCACGAGCUGGUCGACUAGCGUUUAGGAAGGCUUGUGAACUUGAACUGUGGCGCUUCUAGGAUGCAAGUGCAGGUUUUCUCCAUAAUAAUGUUUAAAGCAGAGUUUUAAACUUUCAAUUUAAUUUCGAAUAAGCUGUUACAUAUACAGCAUGCAUGUGUAGUUUCACGUAGCCAGACUCUCUCUGCCAGGGUCUGGCUACGCGAGACUAAUGCAUGUGCACAUUGUAACCAAAUUCCGUACAGAAGAGUUCAAAAUGCAUCUUGUACACACAAUUGCUAUGUAUAGAUUUGUUUCUGUAUUAGAAAGCAGUAAAACUAAGUUAAAAUCUUGUUGCUUCUUUUCUGCUAAUCGUGGCUAUAGACGGACUUAGUAAGUAGAAGCUCCCAACAUACCGUACUAUCUAUAGACAGUGAGAUCUAUAACAUAUGCGCAUAAGAUAUAACAUAUGAACAGAAUUACAAGAUGAGAUCGAAGACUAACCAAGUGUUUUGAUAAAAGAGACAACUAUGAUACCAGUAAGUGUGUACAUGUACGUGCGUCAUCACUGACCCCUUGGAAGCUAAAGCAGUUGGCUCAAGAUUGCUCAGCAAUUAGAGGUGAUUGCCUACGUUGUAGGUGUUCUGUAACUUUUAUUACUUCUCAGAAACUGUAAGAGGUUUCUGGACUCAAGACUGCUGCUGCAGAAACGAGUGUUGUGUUUGAUACUAAUGGCCACUAUAUACUGAGAGAAGCAUAGAUGGCUACAUCAAUUGACUGGACUGUCGUAAACAAUGCAAGUGGUGGAGAAGUUGGACAUUUUAUCUUCUAUCAUGAUUCAUCAAACUCGAAAUCCAACCCUGAUGUGCUUGUGUGGCAUACACUAAAUGUUCAAACUGGAACAAGAAAAGUCUUUCCUGUUGCUUUUGACACAGAGUACACUGCAUCAGCGUUUCGUGAUGAUGAUGCCAUUGAGACAUCCCAAGCAAUUAGUGCAAACAAUGGUGAGGAGCUGAUUGUCACCAAAGACGCACUUAGACUGUGACUUUUCUGUCAUCACAAUCUAGGUCGGAUAACAAACUCAUUCUCUACCUAUGUUACUGUAUGGAAUGAAUUUGAAGAAAUCAAGUCUGUUGUAGUUCAAGCAGAAAAGAAUGAUAAACCUCUUGUUCAGCAGACACUAAUAGAGCUGCAUGGCUGCGCACAGUUUCAAAUUGGCUCAUUUAUCUGCAUGGCUUGGAACUCGAUCUGAAAGAAGACAAUUUUUUCAAGAGGGGAACAUACUCAAGUAGCUCCCAGAAAAUUGAUCUAAUAGAUCCCAAAACCAAAUUGCCAGCGACAAACAUUACUGUGACAGUCACCACCAACAAUAAUGGUAUUGAAAUGAAAAUCGACUACCCAAGCCGCAAUUAACAUAUACGUGCUAUACAAUUGGAGACAAACUGAAUGAUCAGCAUAAUUUAUCAAAGUCUGUUCCAGAAUUGAAGUCAAAUGAAAGGUGGCAGCUGAUGAGUCAGAGUACAGACUUAUGGAACUUGUAUAUGAGGGUAUAUUUUUGGCAAGAUCGAUAAUGAGAUAGAGGGUGCAGCAACACUAGAGCUAGUUGUAUAGUUUAAUUGUUGAAGCAAAUACAUUGCACGUGU